AUGCCGCCCUCGGCUUCUCCCCCGGCUGCACCCUCGGCUGCACGCCUGAACGGUACGCCCGACACUCCAACGCUCCCUGCUCGUAAACCCCCAACUUCAGCGUCCCCCAGCUUCCGCGCCCCGGCUUCAGCGGCUCCCCGCGGGGCCCGCAGGGCCCCGUGCAAGCGCGAACCGUUCGCCAGCGCGCUCUCGUGUGGUGCCGCACCUUGUAGCCGAGAUUUGCCGCGGUGCUGGGCUUACAGCCGAGGUUCCUCUUCGGAUGUUGCAACCGUGUCUGCUUUGUACCCCCGCCGACGCCCCGUUGCCAAGGAUCUGCGGCCUGACAAGCGGAUAAAGUGCAAGAACAUGCGAAAAGCCCCGCCGUCGAGCAGGCACUGCAGUUCUUUGUGGUCUCUCUGCGCAACAUUCCCGAGGCCGUUGCGCAGCCAGCGAGGCAUUCUGCAGUUUAGUCGCCCGAGGAAGAAUGUUGUGCGGCGUGUGCCGCGCGCGCACGGCGGCUGA